CUCUGCUUUGCACCACAGGUGAAGGAACACAAAACCAACCGUGCGUUUGCCCCCGCACAGCUCUACUUAACUGUAGAGGAGUUCUCAUGGGUGGAGCAGUGGAUGCUCAUCAGACAGAAACUAAACCCACCCACAGACCUUCUUCUCUUCACCGAAAACUUCACAAAGAUCGAAAAACUGAUCGUGCCGAUGCAAGCCGCCUGGCUGAACAUGGGUUUUCCUGGGCGCCCCACAUUCACAGAUUUCCGAACAUCAAUAGCCACAUACGCAAGGAAUACUCUGUCCCCAAGUGCCCGGACCAACAUUUCAAAGACCAUGUGUCAUGACACACGGACAGCAGACAAAUUCUACGCGCUCCACCGCACCGCGUCAGAGCUGGCUCGGAUCCGUCAGAAUUUCGAGGCAGCCGUCAAGCUAUCACGUACGACGGGACAUGACACCGCCGAACCUUCUCUCCUCUCCAUGUCAGACUCAUCAGGUGAUGGGCUUGAGGAGGAAGCGGAGGGCGCGUCAUCCAGCCAGCCUGCUGCAUCCAGCCCGCUGCCAUCACCUUCCAGCCCCCCUGCUGGUGCUGCGCCGUCCUCACCAACAUCUAGCCAGGCCACUGGAUCACAAAGCCCUGAUCACGCUUCUGAGAGCGAUGCUGAUUACACUCCUGACAGCGAGCGUGAUUACACUUCUGAGAGCGAUCCUUCGUAUGCACCAAAUAGAGGGACACAACAACCCAUAAGAAAGAGACCAUUGUUAACCUACACGUUGAGAAAGAGACGUCCAAUAUGUAAGAGCGAGUCUUUCGACAAGCUCUGA